AUGAAAUAAAAUUUUAUUGAAAUGUUAACUUACAAUAGAAUAGAAGCUAUUAAAGAGAUCAUAGCAUAUACAAAGUUGAAAUUCAAUUGUAAUAUUAUAGAUUAGACUGCAAUCGUAGAACCCCCUAGAUAAUAAUAAUAGUAAUCAUCUUUAGGUAUAUUGAAAUAUUUUGACGCAAUUACUUCUCCACUAAAGCAAAUGCAACUUGCAAUAGUCAGAGAACUUAUCCAGAAAUUAUAAUAUUAAGAGUAGCGAGAAAGGAUAAAUAUGUACAAAAAGCAACAUACAAUAGCUAAAAUGCAAAUAAAUAAAUCAGCAUAGAUUUUUUAAAUAGCAGAUAUAAUUAAACUUGGAAAUAGCACUAUCAAAAUAUAACCUUUGAUCAAAAAUAGAGCUUCUUUUAGAAAAUGA